CGGUAGUCACAUUUCGUGACCGUCGCGCACCAAGCCACGAACGGAGUUCGCACGCGCAGCACUGAACGCCACUCUGUGUCCGGAGUUUUAUACCCAACGUCGCCUUUUCACCAUGACAACGAGCUCCGUAACGACCACCUCAGUGACGGAGAGGAAAAAACACCUCGAGAACAAUGACGACCAGGAUCGCCAGCAGCUGCCGGAUAACAGCAGCGACACCGAGAGCGAGGUGGUCUCCGAGGAGCCUUUCAAGAUGGAGAUCGUCUGGCGCAACGUGUUCCUCUUCCUUGGGCUCCACAUUGGGGCCGCGUGCGGCCUCUACUGCGCCAUCUUCACGGCCAAGUGGCAGACAAACCUUUUGGCCUUCAUCGGUCUUGGCAUCUCCGGCGUCGGCUCUUCAGUGGCAGCCCACCGACUCUGGUGCCACCGCACGUUCAAGGCGAAGCUGCCGCUCAGGAUACUGCUCAUGGUGGCCAACUGCUUCGCGCUGCAGAACGACAUCUACGAGUGGACGCGGGACCACCGGGUACACCACAAGUUCUCGGACACAGACGCCGACCCGCACAACAUCAAGCGUGGCUUCUUUUUCGCUCACAUGGGCUGGCUCAUGUGCAAGAAACACCCCGAGGUGUUCCGGAAGGGCGCCACCAUCGACUGCUCCGACGUGCUGCAGGAUCCCGUGGUCGUCUUCCAGAGGAAGUACUACGUUCCUCUAGUGACGCUCUUUUGCUUCGUGCUGCCGACGCUCGUGCCAAUGUGGCUGGUGGGCGAGACGUUCUGGAACGCGCACCUGGUGAACGGCCUGCUGCGCUACACCAUCAGCCUGCACAUGACGUGGCUGGUGAACAGCGCGGCACACACUUGGGGCUACCGGCCGUACGACAAGAACAUCGCGCCCACCGAGAACCCGGCCAUGUCCGUAGGAAUGUUCGGCGAGGGUUUCCACAACUUUCACCACGCUUUCCCGCAGGACUACAAGAGCAGCGAGUUCGGGCCACUGCUCAACCCUGCCACUAUCUUCAUCGACCUGAUGGCGCUGAUCGGCCAAGCGUACGAUCUCAAGACCACGCCCAAGCACCUCAUUGAGAAGCGCAUCGAGAGGACCGGUGACAAGAAGCAGCACUACUUGAGGGCAUUCGCGUCUACUUGAGCUGGGAUAAUUUAGCAAAGGCUAGGGGCAGGGAUGGCAUUACUACGUAUACCUGAAUAGUUGUUACGGCGGCACAAUGCGUGCUUACUCGUUUUUUUCUGUAUUUUUGCCUCACACUUCCUUCUUUUGCCACAAAUUGCAUAGGUAAUCGUAACGGCUUUACUACGGCCCUCCUAGCUCAACUCAUACCCCCCUCACAACUACCUCUCGCCUGCUUCCACUCUUGGCAAACACCUGCCAACCUCCACGAGCGAAACGGGGAGUAACGGCGCCUGGAGAAAGCAAUUCACAAGCAAGACAGCAAAACUAAGCUGUUUUAAUCGAUUAUAUGUACAUAAUAAUUCAGCAAAGUUUGUAUAUAUUAAGCAUCUUUGUCUGCUAUGGUAAAAUGUACCGCGCUACAUUGAAUUGGACCUGGCCCAAUACGCGCAAAGGUGGCAGGUGGCGGAGAUGGUAGCGACGAUGGCCACAUCAGUAGCGGUAUACAGUAAGGUUCCCUAAUAUCAAACAGAGGAGGAUGUAUACUAAAGAGUACGCGCGCCAAAUAUAUGGCUCUACACCACGGUGGUUGCACGAGUCUGAGAGCUUCAUAAGGACGCCUUCACUCGACAGAUUGAACCAACAAAGUGUCUAAAAGAAGCAUCUUUUGAGCGCAUGUAUGGUAUGCGUCACCCAAGCUACAUAAAUUUCGCUCUGAUGGAAUUAUUUUAGGGCCGUGGAAAUGGGCAUAUCGGUCAAGUGGUUGCCCACUUCCGCUGCUUUAUAGUAGUGAGCCUGAACUCCCGACCGCUGUCUGCUUCUACUACCAUGAGCCUCUGCUACGCUACCACUUCGUUAAACUGGAGCUACUAUAUCUCUUUUUUUAAUUAUUUUGUUGCUUAACCUUGUUUAAUUCUUGGAAAUAUGUAACCUUAGCAAGCCUCCACUUUGCAUCUGAAGCUCUGCUUUACAUUUCCCGCUCAGAGGUCUUAUCUUUACUAGUGUUAUAUUUGCUGAUUAUGCUUGUAUUUGGCACAAGUUGGGUGUCUACUAUCGAAACUAUUUUUUUUCUUCUAUAAACAGUCAUAUGACAAUGUACAAUGUGAUAUUAGGACAAUUUUAUUUACUGGCAUUUGUUGUGUCGACGACGCAGGAUUGAGCAUGAUAUAAGUGACUCCGCCGGCAUGUUAUGUUCUGUGUUGUUCAAUGUUUAGUGUCUUUGUUUGUGCGUGUGUGUAAUGUAUAAGUUAUGAUCAUCGCAAACAUUGAUUGUUGCAUGAUGCAUUAUUACUUAUCUGAGGUUAACGUUUAAUAACUCGUCCGGGACUUCCCCUCUCUAAGGUGGAACACCUACAACUCGAACAACACGUUUAGCUUUACUACGAGAAAAUUCUAACGUGUCUUGUUCAGAGCAACGUAAAUGUUUUGAAAACUUGCCCACUGAAAUCUCUACGUAAGCGUCACCUCAAUCCUAUGCAUACUUUCUAUUUUGGUUUGUUGUCACGUUUGUUGUCAACACUUGUAAGUGUAUGCCAAAUGUUGAUUAAUAAAAUGCACUUAUUUCC